CUGUUCCGGUGAUGCUCUCGCCUCCCCUCCCCUCCCCUCUCCUGUGUAGGCUGUUUCUGUCGCUGCCUUUACCUCCCACCGCUUUUCUAUUUCUCUAAUCUAGCCGCAAGCAGCAAAGAUGGACAUUGUAAACCAGUUAGUGGCUAACGGACAAUUCAGGGUGCUGAAAGUACCUCUGGGCUUCAUCAAGGUUCUGCAAUGGGUGUUUGCCAUCUUCGCAUUUUCCACCUGUGGGACUUACUCAGGCUCUUUUCGAAUAAAGGUGGAGUGCAAAAACAGAUCAGAGAGUAAUCCAAGAAUAAAUGUAGACUUUGACUACCCAUUCAGGCUCCAUCAAGUGUACUUUGAUGCUCCAACCUGCAAGGGAAGGACUGAGCGUUUGUUCCUUACGGGUGACCACUCUUCCUCUGCUGAGUUCUUCGUCACCAUUGGUGUUUUUGCUUUCCUGUACUCCAUGGCAGCUCUUAGCAUCUAUAUCUUUGCCUUUGAGAAAUACCGUGAAAACAACAAAGGGCCACUGAUUGAUUUUGGUGUCACAUGUGUAUUCACCUUCAUGUGGCUUGUGAGCUCGGCAGCAUGGGCGAAGGGUUUGUCAGACGUGAAAACGGCCACAGACCCAGAGUCGGUGAUUGAACUUAUCCCGGCCUGUGAACUGGAAGGCAGUAGCUGUGGUGAGGUUCAUGACCCUGUCAUGUCCGGCCUCAACACCUCUGUGGUCUUUGGCUUCUUGAAUCUGAUCUUGUGGGCGGGCAACAUCUGGUUCGUGUUUAAAGAGACCGGUAUCAUUGCUCCUUUCAUGCGCCAGCCACCUGCCCAGGAGAAGCAGCCGGCUCCUGACUCUUACGGCCAGCCGGGCUAUGGGCAGCAGCCCGAUAUGUACUCGGGCUCCCAGGGAGGCUAUCAACCUGAUUACAGCCAGCAGGGCUACAACCAGGGUGGGGAUUACAACCAGGGCGGCUACAACCAGCAGGGGGCGCCCACUUCUUUCGCCAACCAGAUGUAAGGACACAGCAGUGGAAGAGGGAGAUGGAGGCUUAAAGAGGGUGAUCGUGUGACCAAGGGAGUGUGGCAACUAAACCCUACCCACACACCUACACUCUUCCUUGUCUGUGUGUUUGUGCAUAUGUCUGUGGACGUAAUGAUUGGGGGGAGGGAAGGGGGCAGGUGAUAAAGAAAGAAAGAUGUAGGUUAGGAGAAAAAGAAAGGAUUAAUUGUGUGCUGUUCUUUAUUGUGAUGUGUAAUAUCAAAAUCAAAAGUUAGGUAUGAUGGGAUGAGGAUACACUAAAAUAAAUAAAAUAUAUAAAAAAGAUAUAUAGAUAAUUGCUAUAUAAAUUUUAAAUUGAUGAUGUUGACGAUAGCUAUGCUAAACUUUGAGAGAAUGUAUUUGUCUGUGCUGUAAAAAUAUUAAUAUGAACAAAUAUAUACACAUAUUUCCUAAAGAUCUGUAUGGGAUUGUUCUAUUAUAGUAUGUUAUGUUUAGGGAAGUUCACUGAUGAUGAAACUAACUAUGAUAAUGAGCUCUGAACCCAAUGGAGAAAGUUCUCUGAGAAGUUACAUAGAUAUUCACUGAAGAAGAGUUUUAAUUAUUUUUUUUUUCACCCAUAUUUUAUUUAAUUUAUUUAUUUAUUUUGGUCAUUGAGUUUAAAGACAUUUCUGCUGAAAGCAAUAGGCUAUAUGAGACCAAACUCCAAAUUAUCUUUGACACUCAAAACUAUCUCGCAGUAUUUUUUUAUUUUCUUUACAACUUGAUUUUCUGCAAUAUGAGCACGUGUGAUAAGUGUGUUAAGUAGCCCCUAAAUACUAAACUUCAUUUCCUAUGCCGCUCAAAAGUGUGCUAUUUCAUGCAGUUGGGGGAUUGCUGUACUACUAGACAUUUUUAGUGUAGUGUGGACGCCAGACAGAGAAUCAGUACUGUGUAUAGAGUUGUUGGUAGUCUAGAUAAAUGUGCCAGUUUCAAUUAGCAGUUUCCCUGUUUUGUCCCCUUUUUUUUUUUUACUCUUUCCUUCUUUCUCUCCCUUUCUCAUUCAUACACUCACUGAAAUCUCUUUUUGAAACCUUAGUUUGUCUAAAAGAGUUUGAAACACUCGCUUUUUUUAGUGUAGUUAUACUGAAAUAUAUUUUCAAAGAUAUUUGUAAAUAUAUAUAUGUAUAUGCCAUGCAAAAUUUGCAAUCUAAUAAUUUAAUAUUUUAUGUUAUACAGCAAAUCAAUUUAAAGAUAUAACAUCUGUAUAUGCACUAACUGGACUGAUUAAAGUACUUGCAUAAUAUAGAUGUCAGAGUAGACUGGUUUAUCUGCUUGACCAAUCAAUCAAUAUGCAGAUGCCAAUCUGGCAUUAUUAGAUAGUGUAAGCUCUUUGGAAAUUGGUUGAAACUGACUGGAUUGUUGUAGACCAGCCUGCAUUUUCCAUUCAGACUAACUUGUGUGUUUCAAGCUACAAGCAUGAACAUCAGUUUGCGCAUACAGAAAUGUGAUUUGUAUAUCUACACUUUCUUGUAUGAUAUCAGCCUUGAAUUAUAAAUUUUUUAAGCUGCAGUAAUCUAUAUGCAAGAAAGAUGAAUAUACACUGUCUAAUGGCUGAGGAACAAAACAGUCAUUCUCAGUCCCUUACAAUCAGUGCAUUUAUUUGGCAUUAAUUUGUUAGAUAUUUGUAUGAUGAGCGGCUCGGUAGUUAUGCAUGAUCACGUGCGCAUAUGUCUAGCUUGAUUAAAUUUAUGACUGGGUGUCAUCUAAUAUUUGCACACUGCUCGUGUUCCAUGGGUGUAAGGCAAUUUGAUUAGCUUCUGAGUAGAUCUAGAAAGCCUGUGAACCCACAGCCUUAGCACCUUGCUUUUUCUUUUUAUUCUGUCUUCUCUCUUGCUCUCUCUAAUCUGUCCCAUUCCUUCUCUCCCUAAUAAAUAUGCUAUUCAACUACUCUGUUGUAAGUGGUGUUUGGUCCGUCUCGUGAAACUCUCAAUGCCUUUGGGUUGUGCUGUAUUUAUUGUGUAUAAUAUAUUCUUAGCGUUAAAAUGAUGUUGAUGACAGUGAAUAUGACCAUGUUGAAAAAUCACCAAAAUUAUCCAGAAAUUCUGUUGUAUUGUUCUAUGGAAUCCAUGAAGAAAAAUUCAAUAAAGAAUAAGUUAUCCUGUUGAAAAA